AUAAUUGAGUUAUUCGACUGUUCCUCAGCACGUUCUGGGGUGUGGCUUUGCGUUUUAUGUGCAUUUCCUUUAUCCUCGUCUGACUCAGGUUAUGAAUUUCAAUGUGCUUUGGAAGAUUCUAAUUCAACAAAUCAAAGCAAUAUUUGAAUAAAGCUGUGCCCUGUUUACUCCCAUUCUUGUUGGCCACAUUCCACCAACACAAAGAGUGUGUAUAGGACCAUAACCAACGAGUGGGGGGUGAAGUGCAUAUACAAAAACGCGGAUCUGAAAAGGCACAGCCUUUCUGUUCACAUCCAUUUUAGUUUGCUCCUCCUCUCUCGUCUGGUUCAGGUAUUCACCCUACUGUUUUAAUGGUUAUCAGCUGGCAGUACGGGUUGAUGUGUGAUUAGAGAGAAAUGAGUCACACAACCAAUGAGAGUGAAGAUGGAAUGGUCUCCAAGGAUCAAACUGAGUCACCACCGAAUGAUGACCGUAACUUUGGAGGAAGUGCAGGUGGAGGAGUUGUUCUGAAGAAAGGCCCGUGGACAUCUGCUGAAGAUGAAAUUUUGAUCGAUUAUGUGAAGAAGCAUGGAGAGGGCAACUGGAAUGCUGUGCAGAAGCACUCAGGGCUCUUUCGAUGUGGCAAAAGCUGCCGAUUACGUUGGGCAAAUCACCUGAGACCAAACUUGAAGAAAGGGGCAUUUACUCCAGAAGAAGAGCAGCUAAUCAUCGAACUACAUGCAAAGAUGGGGAACAAAUGGGCUAGAAUGGCUGCACAUUUGCCUGGUCGUACAGAUAACGAGAUAAAGAAUUACUGGAAUACCCGUAUUAAGAGACGUCAGCGUGCUGGGUUACCACUUUAUCCUCCUGAGGUGUGUUUGAAAGCAUUGCAAGAGAGCCAAAACAGUAGUGCAAUUAAUGGAGGGGACAAAAUACCUCAUGAUCUUUUGCAAGCCAGCAAUUUCGAGAUACCUGAUGUCAUAUUUGACGGUUUGAAGGUCAAUCAGAAUGUCCUAAGUUAUGUCCCUGAGCUUCCUGCUAUUCCUUCUAGCAGUAUGCUGGUGAAAGGUCUAGGUUCUUCCCAAUAUUUCAGUUUCAUGCCACCAGAGAUGCAUUGCCAGAAGCGUCUUCGAGACUCAGCAGCCUUGUUUUCUGGUUUCAGUGGCAGCAUUGAACAUGACUGCCCAUUUGAACAAUUUCAGGAUGACACUUCUAACAAGGUUGCUCAGUCCUUUGGUUUAUCUUUUCCAGUUGAUCCUGAUCACACAACUACAAAUUCACAUUGUUUUGGUGUGCUUCCGGGUAGCCAUACCCUUUCAAAUGGCAAUUACUCUGCUUCAGAGUCCCCUUUAGGGGCUGUGAAGUUGGAGCUCCCUUCACUCCAAUAUCCAGAACCUGAAUUAGGUAGCUGGGUCACCUCACCUUCACCAUCAUCUCUUCUUGAGAAUGUUGAUGCUUUUAUCCAGUCACCACCACCAACCGGAAGGGUUGAAUCUGAUUAUCUUUCACCACGGAAUAGUGGCCUGCUGGAUGCUUUACUUAAUGAGGCAAAAAUUCUAAGCAGUGCAAAGAAUCAUUCAUGUGACAAGAGUUCAAGUUCAUCAAUUCCUGGUGAUAGAGCUGAGAGUUCUGCCCUUAAUAUUUGCAAGACAGAAUGGGAAAACUAUGCAGAUUCCCUUUCUCCAAUGGGUCAUUCAACAACUUCUUUUUUCAAUGAAUGUACUCCUAUUAGUGCAAGUGGAAGCUCAUUGGAUGAACCAUCUGCUGACAACAUUGCCGGAAGCAAAGUGAAAUUAGAACCAACUGAACAUGUUUGGACCUCAGAGGUGCAGAAGGAUACUCUAGCACAAUUGGAUUAUCAUUGCCCCGAUACCUUGUUCGGCUCAAGUUGGCUUCAGCAUGGUUCUGGUUAUGGCAAGGACCAAGCCAUCAUGACUGAUGCCAUAGCAACCCUUCUUGGUGCAGAUUACGGUAGCGAGUACAAGACCAUUUCUCCUAGAACGUCUUCAAGUCAAGAAUGGGGGCUUGGUUCCUGUGCAUGGAAUAUCAUGCCUGGCGUCUGCCAAAUGUCUGAACUCCCUUGAGAUCUUCUAUUUUAAUUGUGUACGAACUCCUUUGGAACUUUUCUUGCUUUCUUUUUUCUUUUAUGAUUGGUUUGACUUGAGUAGUCAUGCAUGAUUAUCGUUUGGGAUUAGAGUGUAAUACAAUAUGAGUCAUGGCCUUUUUGUCUGCUUUUGAAACUGGUGAAUGCAUGCAUACCUAUAUGGAGUUGCAUGUGGUUUCAGGCUGUGUUAUAAUUUUAGAAUAACUACGAACUUCAUGCAUGUCAUGCUGAUUCAGUGAUUAUGCUCAUUUCGAUUAAC